AUGGCUACCGUCAAUAUUCGUCGGGAUGUUUCCGAUCCCUUCUACCGCUACAAAAUGGAGCGUCUGCAGUCCAAGAUUGAAGGCAAAGGCAACGGCAUCAAAACUGUGGUUGCCAACCUCAGCAGCGUUGCCCAUUCCCUCAGUCGUCCUCCCUCCUACGUGAUCAAGUAUUUCGGCUUCGAACUUGGGGCUCAAACCAACAUCAACCCUUCUGAUGAUCGUUGGAUCAUUAAUGGUGCUCAUGAGGCCUCCAAGCUGCAAGACCAUCUGGACGGGUUUAUCUCCCGAUUCGUUCUCUGCAAGAACUGCAAGAACCCUGAGACCGAUGUCGUCAUCAAGGAUGGAAAUAUCUUACUGGACUGCAAAGCAUGUGGUCAACGCUCAAAUGUUGAUCUCCGCCUGAAACUCAGCGGCUUCAUCUUGAAGAAUCAGACAAAGAAGGGCAAGAAGGACAAGGCUACCAAAAAAGCUCGCCGGGCAGCGGCCAAGGAGAAUGGUACUAAGGACGAAAAUGCGUCACUCAAUGGAGGCAGUCCUGGUGAUAGUCAAUCUGACAAUGCGGAUGAAAAUGGCGAGGUCGAGCAGGAAGCCAACAGUGACGAUGAGCUCACCCGUCGUAUCAACGCCGAAGCCAAGGGCAUUGAUCUUGCAGAUGGCGACGCCAACGACGACGACUGGAACGUAGACAUGUCCGCCGAAGCCAUCGCAGCUCGUCAAAAGGGUCUGCCUGAGGACUUCAAACGCGCACUGGUCCUUGACGAUGCCGAUGAAGAUGAAGAAGGAGGUGCCAACAAUGCCUAUGAUCAGCUUGGGACCUGGAUCAUCGAAGAAGCCAAGACUAAGGGAGACGUUGCCAAAGUGGAUGACGUUGAGAUCUACAAAAAGGCCAAAGAUCUCGGCAUUGAGACCAAGCACAAGACUUUAAUCGUGUUGGCACAAUCCAUGUUCAGUGAAGACAUCGUCAAGCAGAUACCCCAACGGGCCGGCAUGCUCAAGAAAAUGAUCACCUCUGAACGACACCAGAAGGCCUUCUUGGGCGGAACCGAGCGUUUCGUUGGUGUCGAGUAUCCAGACAAACUCAUUGCUCAAGUCCCUGCGAUCUUAAUGGGCUUCUACCAGGAAGAUCUCAUCACCGAAGAGGUGCUCACUGCCUGGUGCGGCAAGGCUGGCAAGAAAUAUGUCGACAUCGGCACGAGUCGGAAAGUGCGCCAGGCGGCUAAGCCGUUCCUCGAGUGGCUCCAAAACGCCGAGAGUGACGAAGAGAGCGAUGAGGAAUAA